AUGGUAGAAGGGAUGAAGAGGGAAUCGGAGGGCGUUAAGAUGCCCCACCGAAAGAAGCAACUCAUCCUCCUCAAUUCCCUCGCCGGAGGAUAUGAGAAAAUAGAUGCUUGUAAGAAUGACUGUUGUCUGUUUAGAAAAGAGAAUAAGCACAUGACUAAAUGCCCAAAAUGUGGUGCUUCGCGGUGGAAAGAGAAUGAGUGUACUAAGAAGGUUAAAAAUGGUGUCCCAGCUAUGGUGUUGCGAAGUGGGGAUAGAAAGAUGCGACAUCCGGUUGACAUGCCUGCAUGGCAUACGAUAGAUAAAAAAUGGCCUUCUUUUGCAUCAGAUUCACGAAAUUUAAGACUUGGCCUUUCAACUGAUGGGUUUAAUCCAUUUGGUGACCUUAGUUCGGCAUAUAGUUGUUGGCCAGUAACAUUGGUGGUAUAUAAUCUUUCGCCACUUGAACUCAUGUCUAAAGAGAAUAUGAUGUUGACAUUACUAAUCCCAGGGCCGAGGCAACCGGGAAAUGAUAUAGAUGUGUAUUUGGAGCCACUUAUAGAUGAUUUAAAAGAGCUAUGGGAGAAAGGCGUGGAAAUUUAUGAUGCAUUUGCAAAGUCCACAUUUAAUUUGAAGGUAAUCUUGAUGUGGACAAUUAGUGACUUUCCAGCUUUUAGUAACCUCUCUGGUCAUGUUACAAAGGGUAAAAAAGCUUGUCCAACAUGUAGUGAUGACACAUGUUCAAGGCGGUUGAAUUGUAGCACCAAGACCGUUUACUUGGGUCACUGUCGAUGGCUAUCUCCUACUCACCCAUUUCGAAAAAAGAAGAGUUGGUUUGAUGGGAGUGAAGAACAUAGGUGGAAGCCUAAAAUAUUGUCUGGGACUGAAAUUCUUCAUGCUGUAUUACUCGUUCGCCAUAACUUAGAUGUCAUGCAUAUUGAGAAGAAUGUUUGUGAGAGUAUUAUUGGCACCCUAUUGAACAUAAAAGGAAAAUCAAAGGAUGGACUCAAGUCUCGUAGGGAUUUGGAGGAAAUGGGCAUCAGGGGGGAUUUGGAGGAAAUGGGCAUCAGGGGGGAUUUGCACCCACAAGAUUCAAAAGGGAAACAUUUCUUGCCACCAGCACCUCAUACACUAAAGAAGGAAGAAAAACAGCUUUUUUGUAAGCGAUUACAACAAUUAAAGCUACCAGACGGCUAUAGUUCCAACAUUGGGACACAUAUAUCAUUGGAUGAAUGCAAGGUUGUAGGCUUGAAAUCUCAUGAUUAUCAUGUCCUAAUGCAACAAUUACUACCGGUAGCGUUACGGGGAAUUCUACCAAAGGCUGUAAGGAAUGCCAUAUUUCGCCUAUGCGCAUAUUUUAAUGAAGUAUGCCAAAGGGUGAUUGAUAGGAACUCAAUGGAAAGACAGGAAAAUGAAAUUGCUGAGACAUUGUGUAUGUUAGAAAGAUUUUUUCCUCCAUCUUUUUUCGACAUUAUGAUUCACUUGACUAUUCACAUCGCACGCGAAGCUCGUAUUUGUGGACCAGUACAAUUUCGUUGGAUGUACCCAUUUGAGAGAGGUGGAACCGUACACAGGGCUAAGCAAGUUUUUUAUUCAAGGGAAGAUGAAACAUCUAAUUGGUAUGUUGUACUUAAAGCGCCGCCAAGAGGUUUUAAUGACUUGGAGUCUUUUGAAGAAAAUAGUUAUGUGUCUUCUAUGCCAUUAGAUGUAUCAAGAUUGGAUUCAAAUGAUGAUGAUGAUGGCAAUGAAGAGUAUGUGCGGUUGGAUUGUGAGGGCAUGACCGUGUAG